AUGAAGAGGUGCAACAAUGGCGGUUGUGAAGAUGGAGAAAUCUUUUUGACGGUGUUGUACGCGAAGUUGGGUAAUUGUACGGAGGAGGUUGACAAGGCGUUGUGUUAUCAUUGUGAGUUGAGAGCCAGAGUCAAGGAGGGCGUAGACGGGAGGGAAUAUGCGGAUGACGUGAAGGUGGAGCAGGAAAGUGCUAGUCAUGCGGGUGCGGCUGCAGGUGCGGCUGCAGGUGCGGCUGCAGGUGCGGCUGCAGGUGCGGCUGGUUGUGCUGCAGGUUGUAGUGCUGGUUGGGCUGCAGAGUGCGGUGUGGUGUUUGCCGGCGCAGUUGCGACAUCUGCCGGUGCUUUGGCAUUGCGUGGAAUGAUGUUGAGAGCUGAGGCAGUUGUAGCAGAGCUGUUGAUUGUUUGUGGCUGUGAUUCUUUCUUCAGUGGUGAGUCUGCAGUUAGUUGA